AUGCCUAUUAUACAUGUGCGAAUAAGUUACAACUCUGUAACUUUAAAAGAUUGGGAAGGUUUACCAGUUGAAAAAGAGAAAAAGUUAAAAGAUUUUUUUAAUGAUAUAUCAAUUUCAUAUUUAUCAUCUAAUUUCUGGGGAGCAGAUUUUGAAGUAAAAUUUAGCUCAUUGAUAACAUUAGCUAGGGAAAAAGUUUCGCCAAACUGUAUUGCUUGGGGAGCUGUGUCAAUAUGGAAUUUUAUGCAAAUUUUUAUCUGUCCUAUUGAAAUUCCAUAUUAUUCAAGUGGAUUAUUUAAAGAAGCACGUUGUUUUAACCGUGAGGUAGAAUGUGAAGAAGAAAAUAAUUAUGGAGAGUAUUUUCCAUAUUGUGAAGAUUGUAGUGCGUCAGUUGAAAAUAAAAAAAGAAGGAGUAAAGAAAAUAAAUUUGUACAAGUCAAGUAG